UACACCUGGGCUAUCAAUAUGAGUGUUCCAAGCUUGCCCCAACAGCGGGCAUCAAAAACUCCAACAAUAACCCCAACUCGAAUCCAGCAUAGCUGGAGAUCACAUCUGGCGCCUGGGGCAAUGGCCCCUCGCAGCGCCCUGCUAUUAUUGCUGAUUAGUCUGGGCCUCAGUCUGGGAUUUGUGCAUUGUUACGAGAAAAUGUAUAGUCAGACUGAAAAGCAGCGCUACGAUGGCUGGUAUAAUAAUCUUGCCCAUCCCGACUGGGGCUCUGUGGAUAGCCAUCUGGUGCGCAAGGCGCCGCCCUCCUACUCGGACGGGGUGUACUCCAUGGCAGGUGCUAAUCGACCCUCGACAAGGCGGCUGAGUCGCCUGUUUAUGCGCGGGCGCGACGGUCUCGGCUCCAAAUUCAAUCGCACCGCACUGCUGGCAUUCUUUGGCCAGGUGGUGGCCAAUGAGAUUGUGAUGGCAUCGGAGUCCGGUUGCCCCAUUGAGAUGCAUCGCAUUGAGAUCGAGAAAUGUGAUGAGAUGUACGAUCGUGAGUGUCGCGGCGAUAAAUAUAUACCCUUCCAUAGGGCCGCCUAUGAUCGCAGCACGGGCCAGAGCCCGAAUGCGCCAAGGGAACAGAUAAAUCAAAUGACUGCUUGGAUUGAUGGCAGUUUCAUUUACAGCACCUCCGAGGCAUGGCUCAAUGCCAUGCGCUCCUUUCACAACGGCACCCUGCUCACCCAGAAGGAUGGCAAGCUGCCGGUGCGCAAUACAAUGCGUGUCCCACUCUUCAAUAAUCCGGUGCCCAAUGUCAUGAAGAUGCUCAGCCCGGAGCGUUUGUUUUUGUUGGGUGAUCCGCGCACAAACCAAAAUCCUGCAUUGCUCUCCUUUGCCAUACUCUUCCUGCGCUGGCACAAUACCCUGGCGCAGCGCAUAAAGCGCCUGAAUCCCACGUGGUGUGACGAGGAUAUCUUUCAGCGUGCUCGGCAUACGGUUAUUGCCAGUCUACAGAAUGUUAUUGUCUACGAGUAUUUGCCGGCCUUUCUGGGCUCCCCAAUGCCGGCAUAUGAGGGCUACAAACAGGACGUGCAUCCGGGCAUUGGUCACAUCUUUCAGGCGGCCGCCUUUCGCUUUGGCCACACCAUGAUACCGCCCGGCAUUUAUCGGCGUGAUGGCGAAUGCAACUUCAAACAGACUCCGAUGGGCUAUCCGGCCAUACGUCUAUGCUCCACGUGGUGGGACUCGAGCGGCUUCUUUAGUGACACCAGCGUGGAGGAGGUGCUAAUGGGUCUAUCAUCGCAAAUAUCAGAGCGCGAGGAUCCGGUUUUAUGCUCUGAUGUGCGCGACAAGCUUUUUGGACCCAUGGAGUUUACGCGCCGGGAUCUGGGCGCUCUCAACAUAAUGCGUGGACGCGAUAACGGCUUACCCGAUUAUAAUACAGCCAGAGAAGCCUAUGGCCUGCAGAGGCACAAAACCUGGAUGGACAUCAAUCCGCGGCUGUUUGAAGCGCAACCCGAGCUUUUGGAUAUGCUCAAAGAGGCCUACAAUAAUCAGCUGGACGAUGUGGAUGUGUACGUGGGCGGCAUGCUGGAGUCCUAUGGCCAGCCGGGCGAGCUCUUUAGCAAUGUGAUCAAGGAGCAGUUUCAACGUUUGCGGGAUGCGGAUCGUUUUUGGUUUGAGAAUGAGCGCAAUGGCAUCUUUACAGCUGAGGAAAUUGCGGAGCUGCGGAAAAUCACGCUCUGGGAUAUAAUAGUGAAUAGCACAGAUAUCGAUGAGGAUGAGAUACAGCGUGAUGUGUUCAUGUGGCGCACGGGCGAUCCCUGUCCACAGCCGAUGCAGCUGAAUGCCACAGAGCUGGAGCCAUGCAACUAUUUGGAAGGCUACGAUUACUUCUCUGGCUCCGAGCUAAUGUUCAUCUAUGUGUGCGUCUUCCUUGGCUUUGUGCCCAUACUCUGCGCCGCCGCUGGCUACUGUGUGGUGAAGCUGCAGAACAGCAAACGACGUAAGCUCAAGAUACGGCAGGAGGCGCUGCGUGCACCACAGCAGAAGGGCUCCGUGGAUAAGAUGUUGGCGCGCGAAUGGUUACAUGCGAACCACAAGCGUCUGGUCACUGUCAAAUUUGGGCCCGAGGCGGCCAUCUAUACGGUGGAUCGCAAGGGCGAAAAGCUGCGCACAUUCGGUCUGCAGCACGUGGACGUGGUCAGCGUGGAGGAGUCAGCCACCAAUCAUAUAAAAAAGAAGCCCUACAUUCUGAUGCGCGUGCCUAGCGAUCACGAUCUGGUGCUGGAGCUCGAAUCGUAUGGAGCGCGUCGCAAGUUUGUCAAAAAGCUGGAGGAUUUCCUGUUGCUGCAUAAAAAGGAGAUGACCCUGAUGGAGGUGAAUCGCGACAUUAUGCUGGCCAGGGCAGAGACACGAGAGCGUCGCCAGAAGCGUCUCGAGUACUUCUUUCGUGAGGCAUACGCCCUGACAUUUGGCCUGCGACCGGGCGAACGGCGGCGUCGCUCCGAUGCAUCCAGCGAUGGCGAAGUGAUGACCGUGAUGCGUACCAGCCUGUCCAAGGCAGAAUUUGCGGCCGCGCUCGGCAUGAAACCCAACGAUAUGUUUGUACGAAAAAUGUUCAAUAUUGUCGAUAAGGAUCAGGAUGGACGCAUCAGUUUUCAGGAGUUCCUUGAAACCGUUGUGCUCUUCUCGCGCGGCAAAACGGACGACAAGCUCCGCAUCAUAUUUGAUAUGUGCGACAAUGAUCGGAACGGGGUGAUCGACAAGGGGGAACUAAGCGAAAUGAUGCGCUCGCUGGUGGAGAUUGCGCGGACAACCAGCUUGGGUGACGAUCAGGUCACCGAGCUGAUCGAUGGCAUGUUCCAGGAUGUGGGACUCGAGCACAAGAAUCAUCUAACCUAUCAGGACUUUAAGCUCAUGAUGAAGGAAUAUAAGGGGGAUUUUGUUGCCAUUGGCCUGGAUUGCAAGGGUGCCAAACAGAAUUUCCUCGAUACAUCCACAAAUGUGGCACGCAUGACCUCCUUUAACAUUGAGCCCAUGCAGGAUAAGCCACGCCAUUGGCUGCUCGCCAAAUGGGAUGCUUACAUUACCUUCCUCGAGGAGAAUCGUCAGAAUAUCUUUUAUCUAUUUCUAUUCUAUGUGGUAACCAUUGUUCUGUUCGUCGAGCGCUUCAUACACUAUUCCUUUAUGGCCGAGCACACGGAUCUACGUCAUAUUAUGGGCGUGGGCAUUGCCAUCACACGAGGAUCGGCGGCAUCUUUGUCCUUUUGCUACUCGUUGCUGCUGCUGACCAUGUCCAGAAAUCUCAUCACCAAACUUAAGGAGUUCCCCAUACAGCAGUAUAUACCCCUGGACUCGCAUAUACAGUUCCAUAAGAUUGCCGCCUGCACGGCGCUGUUCUUCUCAGUGCUACACACCGUGGGGCAUAUUGUCAACUUUUAUCAUGUGUCUACACAAUCGCACGAGAAUCUGCGCUGUCUGACGCGUGAGGUUCACUUUGCGUCCGACUACAAGCCGGAUAUUACCUUCUGGCUCUUCCAAACGGUCACCGGCACCACGGGCGUCCUGCUCUUUAUCAUAAUGUGCGUUAUAUUUGUAUUUGCUCAUCCGACCAUACGCAAGAGGGCAUACAAUUUCUUCUGGAACAUGCACACUCUCUAUAUUGGGCUAUAUAUGUUGAGCUUGGUUCAUGGUCUGGCGCGUCUAACGGGGCCGCCACGUUUCUGGAUGUUCUUUUUGGGACCCGGCAUCAUUUACACGCUGGACAAGAUUGUCUCGCUGCGCACCAAGUAUAUGGCACUUGAUGUUAUCGAUACUGAUUUACUGCCCUCGGAUGUUAUAAAAAUCAAAUUCUAUAGGCCGCCAAAUCUAAAGUAUUUGUCCGGUCAGUGGGUGCGUCUGUCCUGCACCGCCUUCAGGCCGCAAGAGAUGCAUAGCUUUACGCUAACCUCGGCACCGCACGAGAACUUCCUGAGCUGUCACAUCAAGGCGCAGGGACCCUGGACUUGGAAGCUGCGUAACUAUUUCGAUCCAUGCAAUUAUAAUGCAGAGGAUCAGCCCAAGAUACGCAUCGAGGGUCCGUUCGGUGGUGGCAAUCAGGACUGGUAUAAAUUUGAGGUGGCUGUCAUGGUGGGCGGUGGCAUUGGUGUUACACCCUACGCAUCCAUACUGAACGAUCUGGUCUUUGGCACCAGCACCAAUCGCUACUCGGGCGUGGCCUGCAAAAAGGUAUACUUCCUUUGGAUUUGCCCAUCGCACAAGCACUUCGAGUGGUUCAUCGAUGUGCUGCGCGAUGUGGAGAAGAAGGAUGUGACCAAUGUGCUGGAGAUACACAUCUUUAUAACGCAGUUCUUUCACAAAUUCGAUCUGCGUACCACCAUGCUGUACAUAUGUGAGAAUCACUUUCAGCGUCUCUCGAAGACCUCCAUAUUCACGGGUCUCAAGGCUGUCAAUCAUUUCGGUCGCCCAGACAUGUCAAGUUUUCUCAAGUUCGUGCAAAAGAAGCACUCCUAUGUAUCCAAAAUAGGCGUCUUCUCGUGCGGUCCCAGGCCGCUCACAAAAAGCGUCAUGUCCGCCUGUGAUGAAGUGAAUAAAACACGCAAAUUGCCCUAUUUUAUACAUCAUUUCGAGAAUUUCGGUUAGGUCUGCGUACGCCUAACUCUACUCAACUCUACAAUUAUCUGCCAACUACUAUACAAUCACAACACAGCACAAAAAACAAAACGGAUUAUCUUACGAAUAUUAUGAAUAGUAUUUAGUUUCAUUCAUUCAGCAUUUAAGCGAAUUUAGUAGCACCCCCUGCCCACUCCUUUCCUCGUGUACUGUUAAUUUACUUAACUAUCUCUCACGUAUGUAACUUCAUAAAUUAGUCAUGUUCUACAAUUUAGUGCAUUAUGAAAAUUUCCAUUGAUGUUUAGCUACAAUCACAACACAACAACAAAAACAAUACAGCGGCCCUUACUCCAUAUACUUAUACCUAUGUAUGUAUGUGUAUGUGUAUGUGUAUGUGUAUAUGUAUAUGUGUAUUUAUUGAAAAUAUGAUUUGUUAUCAGUUUUUGUAAA